CCCUUGGUCGCCAAUUAAAAACAAAGCUCACGUUGAGAAUGGCGUCUCUGUUCAGCUCCUUUAACAAUAAUUCAAUCCCUUCGAGUGAUAAAAGAACUCUUGCCAUGGAUUCAUGAGCACAUGUUUAGUCGUAGAGUACUGAAUUUUUAAUCCGAACUUCAUUCAGCGUUCACAGGCCAAGGCGGCCCCGGAAUUUCAGUUCCUUGUUGUUCAGACCCUUUCCCGCGUUCGCACGCCGAUGGAGAGAGAUUUUCUGGGUUUGGCUUCCAGAAGAGUGUCGGUUCCUGUGAGAGGAGAGAUUCCUGUUGCGUGCAAAGAUUCUGCGCCAACUAGAACUCCCACAAUGCAGCGUUCAUAUCCCCAGUUCCUUUCCUUCAGUUCUACUCAAGAUGAUGGAACAAGAAAGACUGGUUUUGAUUCUCUCUCAACUGGAUUUAUGACCAUAUCAACUACAGAACCUUUCAACUGUAAUCAGAAACCACACCCUAGCAACAUCCAGAAAAACCUGACUUCUGAUAAGCAAGUGGGAACCCAUUAUACAGUGACCACGUAUCAUCCUGCACAUCAAUUUGAUGCACAUUCUAUUCUUCGUCCUCAUGAAGUCAGGAUGGCAACUGCCAACCAAACAAGUCAAAAGAUUUCUGUUACUAUGAGAAGUCCUGCUCAUCAAUCCUUCCUUGCUUCUGCCGGACAGAAUGUUAUUGGUUCCACCAUCAACACACGGUCUCUUGGAGGACUUCCUGUAAUUUCCCCUGUUUCAAUGGUUCCCACAAGCACUUCGGUUGUUGGUACUACUGAUUUAAGGAAUGCUUCCAAGCCCUCUGGUGGUUCUGCACAAUUGACUAUCUUUUAUGCCGGCUCAGUGUGUGUUUAUGAUGAUGUGUCUCCUGAGAAGGCUCAAGCUAUUAUGUUAUUGGCUGGAAACGGGCAUCCAGCAACACCGAAUAAGACAAUUCCCAUAACUCAAGUGGAAGCACCAGUGCCAAGAUCUUCUGGUAUUGAUGGUUUUGCUGGGAACCAGUCCCAUAAUCCUUCAUCUUGCCCAGCUCUUCCAAGCCCUAUUUCUGUAACUUCUCAUGUUGCUACUCAGUCUGUUGGAGGAUCCAAUAACACUACAGAUGCAACAGCUGUGAGAUCAGUAGGAGCCCUGACAUCUCCUUCUACCAAAGCAGAAUCAUCUAAAAUAAUCAGUUUAACAGCCCCUGUUUCUUGUACACUGAUUCCAUCAGUAGCUGCUCCUCAGGCUCGUAAAGCAUCCUUGGCUCGUUUUUUGGAGAAACGUAAGGAAAGGGCAAUGAAUGCUUCCCCAUAUGCGAGCAAGCAAACUCCAGAUUGCAGCCCUUCUGGAUCCCAAACUCAGAGUUUAUCUGUGAACGCUGCUGGCUCUUGUCCUCUUCCAGCCCGCCAUUAGAAGCUGAGGGAGACUAGGGCUAUCCUUCCGCAUUGCUGAAUAAGUUAGCCAUGCCAAAGAAACAAUUGUCAUUAUUUAUGUUGUAUUCUUUCGACUCAAAUUUUAGUCUAGUCUCUUACCUAUGGUUCUAACUAUAUUUAUUUCGUCCUGUAUUCAUCUUGCAACCAUUUUGGCGUAUAUAUAUAUGAUAUAUCUGUGUUCAUGAAA